GAAAGGUGAAAGAAUAAGUACGUGCGAUGAGCACACAAGCCUCCUCGAUGAAGAUAAAAAUGUUGCGCUUGCCGAUCUCGCGAGUGAAGACUAUUAUGAAGAGUUCGCCUAGCGUCGAUACUGUCGGACAGGACGGUUUGUACCUGGUCACAAAAGCCACGAGAGAUAUUUUGCAGGAGCUUUUCAUACAUUAUCUGACUGAGGAGGCGCAUAUGCAGAGCAACAAGGGAUCCUCGCUGGACUACAAACACCUGGCGGAGGUGGUGCAGACCAACGACACACUGGAAUUCCUGCGAGAAAUAAUGCCAAGGAAGAUUACAGUCCGGCAGUUUAAGGAGAUGAUGGCAGCUAAAGAGGCGUCUAACAGUAGCAGCUCUUCCGACAGUAGUUCGGACUCUGACAGUGAUAGUGAUUCAGACUCUGAAUCGGACUCCUCUGAUAGUGUUGAGACAAAGGGGGACAACGAGAACUCUGCAAGCAGCGAGCGGGAAAGCGAAACUGAGGAGAAUGGCGGUUGCCAUUCGGACAGUGACAAAAGUGAAAGCAGUACAAAAAGUGACAGUGAGGAAAACAAGAGAUGAGAACUUGUAAAUUUACACAUUUAACAGACACCUAGAAUUAUUUUCGUGUUUUUAUUUUUCGCAUAUUGUGCCUAGAAAAACUUACAUAGUAUUAAAAUUGCUUGUGCAUAUUUGUAGGUGCAUAAAACAAACAGCCAAUAAUGGUUCAAAAUUUUGAAUAGAUAAGAAUUUAAAAAGGAAGAUAUUUAUAUUUUUAGAAUCGACAAAUGUACACUAUCAAGAUCUUUUUGCAUAUCUCUCACACAUUUUUGUAUAUAUUUAUAUAUAUAUCUCUCUCUUCUGAGAAAUUCAUUUUUCAUGCAUUCAAUUGCGUUAGUUGAAUUAAUGUAAGUAGUAAGAGUUCAUAUUACAGAAAUUUCUAUCAGACGUCUACAA